AUGUCUGCCGGGAUACAGGCCGAGCUAGAGAGACAAGUCAGAGAGCUCCACAGCGCGGAUCCGUCGGUGCAGGCAGAGGCCGCCAAAGCCUUACAGGAACUGACAACGAGCUAUGGCCACGAAGAUGCCGUCGUGAGAUCUGGGGCCCUUCCACGGCUGAUUGAGCUGAUGGAGAGGGGAACGGUAGGGGUUCAAGAGAGGGCUGCAGCCGUGGUGGCCAACCUGGCUGUGGUCGUUGAGACUGCCAGAGCUGCAGCUCAGGCCGUCGCGCCGCUGGUGCAACUCCUGAGCCGUAGCCGCCUUGCCAAAGAGAUUGCGGCCGAGGCGCUGGCGAACCUUGCUGCGAACCCUGGCGAGCAAAGGGGGACCAUAACGGCGGCCGGAGCGCUGGGGCCGCUGGUGGAGCUCGUGAAGGACGGCAGCAGGCUUUCGCAGGAGAAUGCGGCUUCCGCGCUUCAGAAUCUGGCUGCAGAUCAUCCGGAGAAUGCGAGGCUCAUCACGGAGGCUGGGGCCAUCGGGCCGCUCGUCGAGCUUCUGAGGCUGGGAACCCCUCUUGCCCAGGAGAGGGCUGCAGGGGCGCUCUUGAAUUUGACGGUGGACCCGGACAGCGAGACUGCAAUGGUUCGAGCUGGCGCCGUCCGCCCUCUCCUGAAGCUUCUCACCCGCUUCCCGCCUCGGCCUAGAGCCCAGCAGCGGGCCGCGAUGCUUCUCUCGUCCCUGGCGCGACAGCACACCCUGGAGAUUCUGAAGCACGGCAACGCCAUCAAGCCCCUGGUGGAGCUCCUGAACUGCGGAAACUCCGCCGUCGAGGAGAGCGCGGCCGACGUGCUCUUCGUGCUGACGCUUCAUCCCAGAGGCUGGUCCGAGGCCAAGGGCUUGGGGAUGCUGGGGCGCGCCCACGAGUCCCAGAGCCCCAAGGUGCGGCUUCUCGUGGAUCCCACGUAUCGCAAAAACCCGGGCCCAGGGAAGACGAGCGAGCUCAUCGCCUUGGGCUUGGGAAGCGGCGCAGCGGCUUCCUUGUACAUCUAG